AUGUUUGGUGCUGUUCCAGCAGCUCUUACCUAUUACUGGCGUAUGAAGAUGCCCGAGACGGCUCGUUACACAGCACUUGUUGCUAAGAACGCGAAACAAGCCGCUUCUGAUAUGUCGAAGGUCUUACAAGUUGAACUUCAAGCUGAAGAGGAGAAAGUGCAGCAGAUAGAUGCGAACCAAAGCCAAAAGUUUGGCCUAUUUAGCAAGCAAUUCGCCAAGCGCCACGGAAUGCACUUGUUGGGAACAACGACUACUUGGUUUUUGUUGGACAUUGCUUUCUAUAGUCAGAAUCUUUUCCAAAAAGACAUUUUCACUGCUAUUGGAUGGAUCCCUCCUGCGAAAGAAAUGAAUGCAAUUCAUGAACUUUAUAGGAUAGCAAGAGCACAAACACUGAUAGCAAUGUGCAGUACAGUUCCAGGUUACUGGUUCACAGUCGCGUUUAUCGAUUACAUGGGCCGAUUCGCGAUCCAGCUGAUGGGCUUCUUCUUCAUGACAGUUUUCAUGUUUGCUUUAGCUAUACCUUAUGAUCACUGGAAACAAAAAGAAAACAGAAUCGGGUUUGUCGUGAUGUACUCAUUAACUUUCUUCUUCGCCAAUUUCGGUCCAAACGCGACCACAUUCGUUGUCCCAGCCGAGAUUUUCCCUGCAAGACUAAGAUCAACCUGUCACGGUAUCUCGGCCGCUGCAGGAAAAGCUGGAGCAAUUGUUGGCGCAUUCGGAUUCUUAUACGCCGCACAAAGUAAGAAAGCGUCCGAGACCGAUACCGGUUACCCAACCGGAAUCGGGAUUAAGAACUCCCUCAUUAUGCUUGGUGUUGUUAACUUCUUUGGAAUGGUAUUCACCUUCUUAGUUCCGGAACCAAAUGGAAAAUCACUGGAAGAAAUGAGUGGUGAGAAUGAAGAAGAUGGUGCUGAGGCUAUAGAGAUGGCAGGGCCAGGAACUGCUAGGACAGUACCUGUUUAA